AUGAAACGAUUUCUCUCCAAGUCUUUCAAAUCUCCUCCCAAGAAUGUGCCUGCACCGGCGCCUCCGCCCACCAACCCGACCGUGCACACGACCGGAUUGCAUCCAAAAUUCGUGGUACCGCCGAUGCCGCAUCCUUGUCCUCAUGAGCACAUUGCAAUCCUGGCGACCCCACAAGGCCUUCUGCUGAGGCCGCAUUACCAUGGCCAAACAGAACACGGAACAAAUGUACGCAUAGAGUGGGGCAAGACAGGCCAGGUCCUUGAAGUACCGACCGAUCAAGGUGUCAAGGAUACCAACUGGGCGGAGAGUGUUGUGGUCUAUGGGAUCGUGGGGAUCCUGAACUUGUUUUCUGCGCCGUACUUGCUUGUAGUGUCUCAACGAUCUGAGGUUGGACAUUUAUUCGACGUCAGCCACGCCGUGUACAGCGUGAAGGGCGUCACGGCGAUCCCGCUCACGGAAGAUCGUGCUCGCGCGGUCAUAAGUGCGCUUGCCUCGCGCAAUAAUGCUAAUCCCCGCCUGUCUUUGCUCCCAGUUGAGUCUGUUGAAUCCGCCCCAGAAGGUCCGGUCAUAGAGGAGGUUUCCUCAGAGCCUCGCACUACACAGGUCAAAUUCGCGAGCGAGGACGAGGUGAAGUUAAUGACGCCUCUUCACACUCAUGAGUUUCCUCCACAGGAUGAUGAUCCUUCUCCCCCUUCACCGUCAUCAUCCGUUGCGUCACUCUCUUCGUCCAUCGUAUCCACUCCAUCGUCGGACUUUUCGCUAAAAUCUGACACGGUCGUCAAAGUGCUGACAGAACGACUAUCAUUCUGGUCAAAACUGGCUAAAAAGCCGUUGAGUACUCGCGGAGAAGUGGAAGAGGAAGACGUGGAUGCACGAGAAGAGGAACGCUUGUCUUUGGACGCGAUCAUAAAGGAAAGCACUGAGGAGCCCGAGCAAGUCUUGAACUCCAUCCUGGCAUCGACCGCACCUCCACCAAGGACCACAGAGCAGAGACACUCUGAACUUGAGAUCAAGAUUGUCCGCGAAUGCAUCCGGGAAUUCACACGUGGAGGCAUGUACUUUGCCUACAACUUUGAUAUCACGCGAUCGCUCCAGCACAAACACGAAUUGAUGGCAAGAGCGAAGAAGCAUACCAGUCUCCUUGCUGAGCUGAACGCGCUGGAUGAGUCGAAACAAAUAAGCCCAGUCGGCGACAAAGUUGACGUUUUAGCGGAGCCAUUUCCGACUCUUCCACUAUGGCGCAGAGUAGACCGCCACUUUUGGUGGAACGAGUGGUUGUCUAAACCUUUCGUUGAUGCUGGGCUGCAUCCGUACGUCCUCCCCAUCAUGCAGGGUUUCUACCAAAUCGCGUCCUUCCAUGUUCCUCGAGAGCCGGUGGAAGGCGAAGAGGGCGACUCCGCACCUGUCGACUAUAUCCUAGUUUCGAGACGGUCUCGAGAUCGUGCUGGAUUGCGGUACCAGCGUCGAGGUAUCGACGAUCAGGCGAACGUCGCGAACUUCGUCGAGACGGAGGCUGUAAUACGCGUCGAGCGCGAAGGUUUCUCGAACGUCUUCAGUCAUGUCCAGAUUCGCGGAUCUAUUCCCCUGUAUUGGAACCAACAGGGCUACAGUCUCAAGCCUGCACCCCAGUUGUCUCCCGACAGGAGCCAUGCACAGAACCUAGAAGCGCUGAAGCGUCACUUUCUGAAGACCAUCCCACGCUACGGUCCUCAUACGGUCGUCAAUCUAGCAGAACAGCAUGGAAAGGAAGCGGCGGUUACGAACUCGUAUCGGAAUUAUGUCCAGGAGCUGAAUUCCAAAGAUGUCCAAUACCAUGCAUACGACUUCCAUUCAGAGACGAAGGGUAUGAAGUACGAGAAGAUCACCAAUCUCAUCAGUACGCUAGAACGCACAUUCGAGAACCAAGGAUACUUCUGGAUCUCCGACGGCUCUAUCAUGUCGCAGCAGAAAGGCAUCUUCCGUUCGGCCUUUGCGCGCCAUGUGUUGAACAGACAGCUUGGGGCUGUAGCUCUCCUCAACGCGGAGGACAAGCGGACGGAGACAGACAUCGUAUUCAACGACGUCUGGGCGAAUAAUGGGGACGCCAUUAGUCGUGCAUACACCGGAACGUCUGCGCUGAAGGGUGACUUCACGAGGACAGGCAAGCGCGACCUGACAGGCCUGCUCAAUGAUGGUGUAAACUCCCUGGCAAGGAUGUAUACCUCGACGUUCGCGGACUGGUUCAGCCAGGCGGUCAUCGACUUCAUGCUCGGCAAUCGCACGAUCUCCGUGUUUUCGGAGUUUCUCGUCAAGCUACAGUCGACGGACCCACGGGAUCUCAUCCGCAUCUCAAGGAUCAGGGCUGAUGCCGUCGCGACGUGCGUGAGCCGUUUGCUGUCAGACGGAGAGCGGCUGCUCUCCGGGUGGACGCUGUUCGCUCCUGUGGAGAUGAACACGAAGAUUGGCGAUAAGUGGGAGGAGAAAGUGUUGCUGAUUAGUGUGAAGGCACUAUACAUCAUAAGUUAUGAUUAUACCCUAGAGAAAGUGAAGAUGUAUACCCGUGUACCACUCCGAGACAUUGUAGGAAUAACAAAAGGCGCCUACAUCUUAUCGCCUCUGGAAGAUGGCAGCCGCGACCCCAUCCAGAACGCCGGCUUCAUAGUUACGUGGCGCAAUAUUGGACAGGAUACCCGUGUCACAAGUUACUCUCUGCGGAACAGCCUCGAUAUUUCACCGCCUGACCCAUCUUCACUGACACCUUUCCGGCCAACGCCGUUUAUGCUGAGAGGCAACACGCCGUUGUCGCGCAUACUGUCGAAUGCAGCUGCGCCAGUGAUCGGGCAUGAGACGACGUUCGCAGCGUUCAAGGCCCUGCCUGUGGACGCCGCACGCACGCGGCGCGCGUCCGGCAGCUUCAUAGAGCCUGCGGACGAGCUGGCGAGCGCGGCGAACUGCAAAGAGGCCGUGGAGUUGAUUGUGGGGACUAUCCAGCGUGCAUGCGAGGAUGCCGGUGGGGGACAGGGCAGGUUUGUCGCGGAGGCGGAUAUUGUGAGCCUGAAUGAGGCGCAGCGGAUGACGAGCGUGUAUGCGAAAAUGGAGUAUGGCGUGAAGAGGCUGUUGUGGCUGGGUGGUUGA